UGGCGAUCGAACGUAUGUGUCGAUCGUAAUAUUUAUCGGAUUUGGGGGCAUAUUAUGGAAAUAAGGACAAUGGGGGAACGCGUUUUUGCCGCCGAAUGCAUACAGAAGAAGCGUAUACGCAGGGGAAAAGUCGAGUUCUUUGUCAAGUGGAAGGGCUGGUCACCAAAAUACAACACGUGGGAGCCGGAGGAAAACAUCCUGGACGCUCGUCUCAUCCAGGCCUUCAACUCUCAGUAUGAGAAAGAAAACCAUGUUCGACGGAGGGGACCAAAGCCAAAGAAAAUGCGACUACAGGAGUCGGACGACUCUGAUCAGAGACGACAGGACAGUUCGGAGUUUUCCGCUGCCGACAGCGACAAGGACCCGCCUAGUGAUGACGAUACAGACGACGACUCCAGCUCAGAAGAAAUAUCUUUUAAAAUAUCGGACCGGAAGAGUCCUAUUUCUUCUCAUCAUGGAGAAGGCGCUUCAAACUCCGUGAUGGAUGAUGACGAUCUCGCGGUAUCCAAGGAAGCUACAGAAUCGCCCCAAAACAACGAUUCAUUCAAUUCGAUGUCGUCUGGUCACGGAUUCUCUCCCCCCGACGGCUCUCAUUCACCGCCACCACCCCAGCUUAUUCCCAUCAAACGCCCACGGGGUCGUCCUCGAGGGCGGCCACCUCUUUCUGGAAGGGGCGGUCCACCGACACUGAGGCUCAAUGUUGGCGUUAUUCGUGGGCGUGGGCGUGGACGAGGACGUGGUUCUCCUGGCAGGGGGCGUGGACGUGGUCGCCCUCCUCUUGGGGGAAGAGGGCGUGGUUUAUCUGGGAGGGGAAGAAUGUCCCGUGGGAGGGGAUUAGGUAGGGGAUUACGAGGUGUUGGGCGAAACACAGUUAUUAGAAAACCGAACUCGAGCUUAUUAUCACUAACCAAUAAACCCAAAGUCAAGAAAAUCCACGAAGGACAAAUGAAAAUCAAAGAUAUGGAAUAUCCCAAAUCUAAAAAGAUUGAGACGGGAAUGUAUCUGAAAGACAGAAAAGAUAACCUACAAGGUGUUAGUAUUCUUGAGAAAGAAUCUCGGCAUGACUCGGGCAAAUCGAUCCAUUUUUCACAGCCCGUGGAGCAGAGAGACUACUGGCGCCCUCCCUCGGACGUCAAAAGUAUGUUGGACCACGUGAUGGUGACUGACGUCACGACAACAGGAGGGACAAUAACUGUGCGUGAAUCUUCAUCCAAUUCUGGAUUCUUUCAGGAGCGUGAAAGCGAGCCUCCUGUCGAACAAACAUAGACUAUUCAGUUAUUCAACACUGUUGUUCCAGUGUUGUAUGAACGGUUUUCUUAAGUUAAUAAAUGUCACGCAUGUGAGAGGAGAGAGUUCAGGUUGACUUGCGAGAUUUGGCAAAGGGGAAUUUCCUUAUCUAACCUGUACUCCGUGAUUUCCUGUAGAUAAUCGUUUAUUACAAGUUACCUUUCUGUAUAACCUCACUCUUCAAAAGAACCUAUCCUUGCUUGUCAACAAGUACAACUCGUAAAGAAGGAUCUAGACCAACAUCACUUCAUCAACCGACAGUUUCAGUUGGUCACACGGCACCAGCUUUCAGUAUGCAGGAGUAAUGAAAAAUGACCGGUAGCUGUUAUCGUUCUAGCUAGUGACCUUGGGUCUAUAGCCGGACACUCUAACACUUGAUUGAAGGAAGAUUCCCUCUAACUAAGGCUAGUAGUUCAACCUGAACCCUCUUCUACACAUUAUCGUCAUCUUGCUCUCGGAAGCACUUGUUGUUCACACAAAGGCCUGACACACUGACAAAGACCAAGGCGGACACCAGAUAACUUGUAUAGCGAAUUCUACUGUCAUAUAUCUUAUUGUUUUUAAUUCUGUUCCUUUGAGUUUUUGUCAAUGUGUCUGGUCCGUGAUUUUAUGUUUCAUUUUACAUAUUCAUCUUGUUGACUUCUCGUGACUCUUAAUCAUUUGAAUAUUGUGGUAGACUAGGGAAGUAUCAUAUGGUAACACUCUGUACUGUUGGCGUAGAUAGGUUGAGAGCCAGACACGUGUGCUGACAGUGUGUAAUGGAUCGAAGGUCAUCAUGCUGGAUAUGAAAUUGUUGUACUAUAUAAAACUAAAGAAAAGCGAUAAAUUCAA